AUGUAUACCCGUAGGACUGCAGCCGUCGUCGGGGCCCCGGUGAAACGCAAUGACGACGUUGCGACUCGAACUGUCACGGUAUCUAUCGCCUAUAAGCCAACGCUAGCGGCAGGAAAGACGAACUAUAACCUAAUGGGGUGUUAUGGGCAGACUGGCUUAGACGGACAGGGAGUGCACCCUUUCGGAAAGGAAAAAGAUUACGCAUCUCCGGCAUCGAUCGACACGAAAAGGCUUACAGUAGACUCUUGUCUGGCUGGCUGCCAGUCACUGAAACCGCCAACAGGUGGGAAAGAUCACUUUACAUAUGUUGGAUUAAAAAACGGAAGCGAAUGCUACUGUGGUCUUGAAAUCGCGUUGGGUGCUGCGAAGCUCGACACAGAUGAUUGCACCACACCAUGUUCAGGAGACCUGAGGGUGUCUUGCGGGGGAGAGGAUAGUAUCGCGAUUUAUAAUUAUACCCCGGCAUUCCAGAAGAAGCCAGUUAUCUACAACGCCAACGUCUUGCCUCCUUCAACUGAGAGUAAAGAUCAACCGGUCGCGAAUUCGCAAUCUCCUGGGCAGAUAUCCUCCGAUAUUCGUGCAUCAAAUUCCGCAGCUGUUGCCGUUGUUGCUGGCUCGCUAUCUGGAGCCAUUGUUAUUGGCAUCAUUGCCUACUUGUACUAUAGAUCCCACAAGAAGAGGAAUAACGAACAAGACGCGCACGUCGCCUCUAUGCUGUCCAAACACCACGAUAAUACAACAUACCGCAAGCAUCCAUCAGAUAUCCAAGCCACAAACGCAAGUGUUCACGACGAUAUUCGGCUAACGGUGGAAGGCGACCUGGUCCCUACGACACCUGUUCUGGAGAGGGGCUCGAAGAGAGUGAUUCAUGGCUUAUCUGGUAAAGCAAGACAUGUUGAAGACAGAGACAGUCUCUACUCCCACCUCAUGCACGAUGUCCGCGGCCCAGCUCAGGAUAAUUUGCAACAUGCAGUUUCUUCUGAGGGUAGCAGCUCUGCGGUUCAGUGGCGUACGAUGGACAACGGCACAACGCCUGCUAGCCCACGAAUUGCAAGCCCGCCGCCAUCUGCAGGUAUAUUGGGGCUCGGGGAUCGUGCCUGGCAUCGAAGACGGCUAUCGACCCCUUAUGCGCCUCCUCCGAGCGCACCUCUGCCCCCCAACCCGCCGGCCAGGGGUCGAGCGCCGAUGAGACCAGUACGUGCCAGUGUAGCCACAUUUGAAGUUGCUGAGCCAGCGUAUUCGCACUCGACCACGAGUUGCAAUAGUUCGAGCACCGAAAGAGUAAAGCCUGUUGUACCGCUCAAGAUUUGGAGGCCAGGCGUAGAAGGCGGCUUAGUUCUCGAGACAGGAAUCCGUCGCGUGACUGGUGGCAGGAGCCUAACCGAUGACCAGACUCAAGGCCCCAUGGCAGAGAGGCAACCGACGAUCCCGGUUUUGCCCACGUUGGCGAGAGCCGGAACGAUGAACUUUGAUUCGCCUGUGUUGCCUCCACUCGAGCCGGGUGAGCGGUUCAACUUCGAUUCCAGGGCGUGGAAGAGCAGCUCGCCAACUCCUGAAGAAAAGAGCACGCGUGUAGCGCAGGAGACCAAACUCGAGCACAGCACGUCCGGCAGUAAGCCGCAGGUCAACGAUGAUGGAUUCAGCCCGGCGUCAGCCACGUCCAUCGGUACAAGCAUCCUGGACAGCCCAACAAUAAUGGAUUGGGCAGCACGGUGA